AUGAAAUUAAAUAUUAUAAUAAUUUUUUUAAUUUUUACAAUUAUCUCGGUUAAAUCUAUCUCAUUAGAUAUUCAUUUAAAUUUAGAUGCUACUACAAAUGAUAUCGCUAUAAAUUAUAAUGACCUAUUACACAAGUAUGCACCAAAUGAUCAAGUAUUUUUAGGAAAAUUAUCAAUACCACAUAUUACACUUUAUUUAACAGAUUUUGUUGAGGAACAAAUUCCAUCACUUCAAAACGAAUUAAAACAAAUUUUUCCAUUACUCGAACAACAAGGUAAAAAUUGUUUAGUUGGUAUGACAACUAUUUUAGUUUCAGGUCAAUAUGGUAUGUGGGAAGUUCAAAAUAGCCCAUGUUUACAAUUUUUAUCAGAUCUUAUUGUUAAUAAUACCUAUCAAUAUAUCACCCCAAAUCAAACUAUUCCUGAUUGGGUUUACCAAUUACCAGAACCAUUAAGAGAUGAAAAAAUUGCAAUGAUUAAAAAAUAUGGUUCACCAAAUGUUUAUGAUCAAUUUCAACCACAUGUCACUUUAGCUUGGGAUGAAGUCGAUAAUUUAACUUUAGCUUUUGAACAAGUUGGUGUGCAACCAACUAGUUUCUAUUCACCAUCGAUUGGUAUUGGUAACACUGGCCCAUAUGGAACUGUUUUAGAUAAUCAAUAUGGAACUUUAAAUUUCUCCACCAGUUCAUAA